GAAAAAUCGAGAUUUUGUGACGAUUAGCCCGAUUAGCAAGACAUGUGAUUGUGGAUAAGGAAAUGAAUACUCUAUUACAAUUUCAUGUCUUAGCCCCCUUGGUGUUAUGUUUGGUUUAUGGUGGGACAAUUCAAUAUACUUGUAUGUCCUCGGAUGGUCUCCCCAUGCAGGCUGGUCAAGGCUAUGUGCCCACUCGAUGCAAGUACUGCAAAUGUCAGAACUCAGGGGAAGUAACUUGUGAAAUGAUUGAGUGCAGCAGUAUUCCUGGGUGCAAAAACUACGAACUGCCACCUGGUGGAUGUUGUCCAAUGUGUGUAGAUGAUGGACCACUCAUCAUAAUUUAAAGCAAACGUUGACGUCACAUUCAAGUUUUGACCUAACCUUUCACCUUUUGAACUUUGUUUAAAUGUUUCAAAAAAAACUUGAUGUUGUUUUUUUUU